AUGCAUUCCCAUCUGCAUACAAAAGACAAUGUUGGUGCGUGGCAAUCAAGUCCCUUCGAAUCGCAUGCUGUUUUGCUCGAGGCAAAAUGUGUUGCGGUCGAGCUUGCGUUACCCCUGCUUUGGUCUCUCAAGAUUAUUCUCGCAGCAAUUCAAUUCAAAGGUUGCCCAAAACAGUUCGGUCUGACAAAUUGUACCACAGGCUGCGAGGAGAUCAUGAACGCACUCGACGAAUGCCACGCGCGCGGCUUCCUCUACAAGGCCACGGGAGGCUGCAACGAUAUCAAGCGAGAAGUCAACAGAUGUUUAUCUGGCGAACGGACGAAGAAGAGCAGGAAGAAUCGGGAGACUGCUUUGGAGCGAAGAGCGAGGAUCGAGUCGGUUUGGGCGAAGUUCGACGAGGGCGACUUUUCGGCGCUCGAGCAGUUCACAAAGUCGAAAUGA